UGCUGGUCUGCUAUCUGCUGUCCCCAGGGAGCCGAGGACAGUCAGCCCCGCUGCGGGUGGAGCCCCGGGACCCAGUGGUGCUCACCGGGGAGGCGGUCACGGUGAACUGCAGUGCUGACUGCCCGGAUGCCAGGAACGUUGUCUUGGAGACGGAGUUGCUGAAGGAGCCUGCGGGCAGAGGUCCGAGCUGGGUAGCCUUCCGCCUGAGCAACGUGACAGCCGACAAAGAGAUCUUCUGUGCUGGCUUCUGCAAUGGCUCCCAGAUCGUCCUUUCGACCAACAUCACCGUGUAUGCCCUGCCAGAGACCCGGCCGAUCCUCACCACCCCCCGGAUCCUGGAGGUGGGCAGAGAGACCACCGUGACCUGCACCUUGGAAGGGGUGUUCCCAGUCUGGGAGGCCCAGGUCUACAUGGCGCUGGGGGGCCAGAUGCUGAACCCCAGGAUCAUGAGCCACGGAGACACUCUCAAGGCCACAGCAACGGCCACAGCACUGGAGGCACAGGAAGACGCCCAGAUGUCCUGCAACGUGACCUUGGGCGGCGAGAGCCGAGAGAUCCUGGAGCAAGUGACCUUGUACAGUUUCUUCGGGCCCAUCCUGAACCUGAGCCAUGCUACCGCCCACGAGGGGACCAUGGUGACUGUGAUCUGUGUGGCCGGGCCCCAAGUUCAAGUUACAUUGGAUGGGGCUCCGAUCCCAGGGAUGGGACUGCCGGCCCAGCUUCAGCUGAACGCCUCAGAGAGCGAUGAUGGGCGCAACUUCUCCUGCAAAGCCAGGCUUCGGGUGGGCGGAGAAACCCUACUCAAGAACCGGAGUGUCCAGUUGCAUGUCCUGUACGGUCCCAGAAUUGACGGGACCCAGUGCCCCCAGCACGUGACAUGGAAAGUUAAAAGCCGCCAGGUCCUGUGGUGCCAGGCUCGGGGCAACCCAACUCCUACGCUGCAGUGUUCACAAGAAAGCUCCAGUCUCCGUGUGCCUGUGGGAACUCCAAUCACCGUCACCUCAAAACAUAACGGCACCUACCAAUGCCAGGCUGUCAGCCCCCUGGGCAGUACUACCAUGAAGGUGGUGCUAGAAGUUCGGGAUCGGAAUGGCCGUUCCGUCACCAUCGCCUUGGUGGUGUUGGGGGUCUUGGGCCUGGUGACUGUCUCGGCGGCAUUGCUAUACAUCUACUGCGGAAAGAAGCAGAGCGGCAUCUACCAUGUGAGGAACGGGGGCACUUCGCUGCCCCUCACGACUAGGCAGCCCCAAAGGCUAGCAGAGGAGGAGACGUCCUGAGCUUCGGGCC